GGGGGGUUGUUUGCGGAAAUAGAUAGUUUCGUGAUUUUUUUUUUCAGGCUCAGGCUAGAAGAGCUCGUACUCGAGUACAGGACAAUGUGAAAUGCAAUACUCUCGAAUAUUCCCAUUUCAACUACGCAAAGUUUCCAAAUGACUAAUCCGGACAUUAUUAAAAUGCCCAAGCUACUCAAGCAAUUUCUUUGGGUUUUGCUUCUCUGUCGCCCUGGGGUGUCCAAGAGAAGAAAUGUUCUUCUAAUUAUCGCUGAUGAUGCGGGUUUUGAGACUGAGGUGUACAACAACUCAGUGGUCCACACACCGCACUUGCGUUCUCUGGCUCAGCGCAGUGUUGUGUUCAAAAAUGCUUUCACCUCUGUCAGCAGCUGUUCCCCGAGCCGCUCUGCCAUCCUCAGUGGCUUGCCACAGCACCAGAAUGGCAUGUAUGGCCUUCACCAGGGGGUUCAUCAUUUUAACUCUUUCGAUGGCGUCCGAAGUCUGCCGUUGCUCCUCAGCCAAGCUAACAUACACACGGGUAUAAUUGGAAAAAAACAUGUUGGUCCUGGAUCGGUGUACCCUUUUGACUUUGCGUACACGGAGGAAAACAGCUCGGUCCUUCAGGUGGGGCGAAACAUCACCCGCAUCAAACUUCUCGUCCGAAGGUUUUUCCAGACCCAUCAGGAGGAAGCUUUUGUCCGAAAACAAAAAGCAGAGAAGAACACGGGAAACAAUUUGAAAGAUGAAGAAAGGCCUUUUUUCCUCUACGUCGCCUUCCACGACACCCACCGCUGCGGCCACUCCCAGCCUCAGUACGGUGCUUUUUGUGAGAAGUUUGGGAAUGGGGAGAUGGGAAUGGGCAGAAUUCCAGACUGGACUCCACAAUAUUACACACCAGAGCAAGUUACGGUUCCCCCUUUUGUACCGGACACAUCUGCAGCACGAGCUGACUUAGCCGCAUUGUACACUACAGUUAGCCGACUGGAUCAAGGUAUUGGAUUAGUUCUUCAAGAACUCAGGGACGCCGGUUAUGAGAAUGACACUCUGAUCAUCUACAGCUCCGAUAACGGUAUCCCAUUCCCCAACGGCAGAACCAACCUGUAUCAGUCCGGCACAGCGGAGCCCAUGCUGGUGUCCUCUCCAGAGCACAGGGAGCGAUGGGGGGGCACCAGCCAGGCCUAUGUUAGUUUAUUAGAUGUCACCCCCACCAUCCUGGACUGGUUCUCUAUUCCCUACCCGUCAUACAGCCUCCCUGGCAGCACCACAGCCCCAGUCCACCUCACUGGUCGCUCUUUGCUUCCUGUCCUGGUCACUGAGCCCAGCAGUUGGCACACAGUCUACGCCAGCCAAUCACUGCACGAGGUCACCAUGUACUACCCAAUGCGUUGUGUCCACCAGGGGGCGUAUCGCCUCCUCCACAACCUGCACUACCGCAUGCCCUUCCCCAUCGACCAGGACCUGUACGUUUCGGCCACCUUCCAGGACAUUCUGAACCGCACCAGGCGGUGUGAGCCCACGCACUGGUUCAAAAGCCUGCAGCAGUAUUACUACAGAGAGCGCUGGGAGCUGUACGACAUCAGGAGAGACCCUCUGGAAACCAAAAACCUGGCAUCAGACCCGUCCUACAGUGGUGUACUGGAGAGCCUGAAACAGAAUCUCCAAAAAUGGCAGUGGGAGACAGGGGACCCGUGGGUCUGUGGAGCAGACUAUGUGCUGGAGGACAAGCUGGAGCCACACUGCAGACCACUUUACAAUGGACUCUAAUGGGCCCGACCUAAGCAUGUCUUGAUUGGCAAAGAAGUCAGAACUGAGUGCUCGUUAAAUCAUUUUAAAAAAUCAUGUUUAUUUAUAUUUUUGUAUGCCACGCUGUUUUUAAAAGGUCAAAUAUAAACAUUUUACAUCCCCUUAA